AGUUCUGAACAUAUAGUACCGGUUUGACCUUUCUUCGUAACCUUCAAUUCAAGUCUCACUGCGAGCCGUGUAAUAUCUCUUCGGGUCACUCCUACGCUCAGUGUCUCGCGUGUUUCCUUAGAGACUUCCGAACAUUCCGGUGUUUCCUGAUUGAAGAUUAUUUUGUUAUUACAAAAUGUCGAAGGAAAGGGCUUCUAGACGAUUUUAUAGAGUUGACAGUUGUCAUGACUUUCUGGAAAUAAUGGAUCGUGGCCAAUCUGCUCAGCAAGAAAACAGGUGGAAUUUUGAAGUAGCAUGGGAAGUAGCCAACAAAGUCGGUGGUAUUUAUACUGUUAUAAGAUCAAAAGCUUAUGUAUCUACGGAGGAAAUGGGUGAACAAUAUUGUAUGAUUGGCCCAUACAAAGAAACAUGUGCAAGAACUGAAGUUGAGCAAGCUGAUUAUCCGCAGGAUACUCCAAUGUACAAGGCUGUACAAGUUAUGAGAGAUCAAGGAUUCAAGGUUGUAACAGGAACAUGGUUAGUGGAUGGAAAUCCUCAAGUUAUUCUGUUCGAUAUCGGAAGUGCGGCUUGGAAAUUGGACGAGUACAAGCAAGAAUUGUGGAAUUCUUGCAGUCUUGGUAUUCCACAUUUGGACAUUGAAGCUAACGACGCGAUUAUACUCGGCUACCUACUGUGCCAAUUCAUCACAGAAUUUCGAAAAGCAGCAGAAAGUUACUCAACGGCCCCACCUCGAGUUCUCGUUCAUUGUCACGAAUGGCAAGCAGGAGUUGGUUUAAUUGCCUUGCGAACAAGACACGUCGAUGUUGCGACUAUUUUCACAACCCACGCAACUCUUUUAGGAAGAUAUCUUUGUGCUGGAAAAACUGAUUUCUACAAUAAUCUGAGCUCGUUCAAUGUAGAUGAAGAAGCUGGGAAACGUCAAAUUUAUCACAGAUAUUGUAUGGAACGUGCGGCUACUCACCUCGCGCACGUAUUUACUACCGUCUCGGACAUUACUGGAUUCGAAGCUGAAAAUUUGCUCAAACGCAAGCCAGACGUAAUAACACCGAACGGUCUUAAUGUCAAGAAAUUUUCGGCACUCCACGAGUUUCAAAAUCUUCAUGCAGUUAGUAAAGAAAAGAUUCACGAAUUUGUUCGUGGACACUUUUACGGGCAUUACGACUUCGAUCUGGAAAAAACUCUGUAUUUCUUUACUGCUGGUCGUUACGAAUUCGGCAACAAAGGUGCCGACAUAUUCAUCGAGGCAUUGGCGCGUUUGAAUCAUCAAUUGAAAACUUCAAAGCCCGAUGUCACUGUUGUUGCAUUUCUUAUAUUCCCCGCUCGGACGAAUAACUUCAACGUCGAAUCUUUACGUGGUCAUGCUGUGACCAAAUCAUUACGAGACACCAUAAAUGAGAUUCAAAUAAAAAUGGGCAAACGCAUGUACGAGAUGUGCCUCUCGGGGAGAUUGCCUGAAGGUCAAGAUAUGUUACUAAAGGAAGAUAUUAUUAAAAUCAAAAGAUGUUUAUACGCUUUGCAACGAAAUGGCUUACCGCCGGUAACAACCCACAAUGUUGUUGACGAUUGGAACGAUCCGGUCUUGGCUGCUGUUCGAAGGUGCAACUUGUUCAACACGGUUCAUGACCGCGUGAAGAUUGUAUUUCAUCCGGAGUUCCUUUCUUCGACGAAUCCACUUUUUGGUCUGGAUUACGAGGAUUUUGUAAGAGGUUGUCACCUGGGUGUAUUUCCAUCGUAUUACGAGCCAUGGGGCUACACUCCGGCGGAAUGCACAGUGAUGGGAAUACCGAGCAUCACAACAAACUUAUCAGGCUUCGGUUGUUUCAUGGAGGAACACAUAGCUGACCCUAUGAGUUAUGGAAUCUACAUAGUCGACAGAAGACACAUCGGGAUUGAGGGUAGUGUUCAACAAUUGGCACAGUACAUGUUUGAUUUUGCACGCUUGAAUCGACGACAACGUAUUAUUCAAAGAAAUCGUACUGAGCGUCUGAGUGAUUUGCUCGAUUGGAGGAAUCUUGGAAUUUAUUAUCGUCAGGCUCGAAUAAAGGCGUUAACAGCAGUGUACCCGGAGUUGGCUGCGGAAAUGGGUGACGGUAGCUAUAAUCGAACGUUCAAUUAUCCACGACCACUGAGCGAACCUCCAUCCCCAUCUUCCUCUCGAAUAACAACACCUGCUGCAUCUGUCCACGGAUCCGACGACGAAGAAGAUGAAGUCGAUGAAGAAAAAGAGCUUGAAGAACUGAGGCAAGAGGACGGAAGAUAAAUAAGAAGAAGCUCUUAACUCGAAGCCUGGUUGUCCAAAAACACAGAGAAAUAAUCAGUAAUUGUGCACUUAAUCUUGAAACAGUGCCAAACCUCAGAGCAAUGGAGUCAAGUUCCAAAGUACCGUUUAGAAAAAUAGAUCGUCAAAAAAUUGUUUUUUUAUAGCGAAUCCAUAUUUUGUUUUUAUUUUAAUAUGAAGAAACGAUACUCAAAAGUUGUAAUCAUGUUUUCAAACAGUACCAUUAAUUGUACUGAAAUGAGUAAUAUUAUCGACCAAUUUUUUGAAAAUAUUUGUAUAGUAUUAUGUUAUUAAUUUUUUGUAGACAUUUAUCUAACUUUUACACUAGCCUUGUAUAACUCGAUUCUCAUUGUGCUCAUUCUCUAUUGAACGCUUACAAAUCAUGAAGGACGAGUGAUCAAUUGUAUACAUUCUGUGUGUGUAUCAGACUGCCGAUUGUUUUCCCCGAAGAGUAAUGAUUGUCUGAGUCAUUAAUUAAGAUUGUUACUGUAAAACGCAAUAAUUACAUACGACUGAUCUAACAUGAAACAAAGUAAAAAUGUGCAAUGUUUUAUUUUUUGAUGUAUAUGAAUAAUAAACCGCUACCGCGUCUGUUGAUAUAAAUAUAAAUAUAUAUGAAAUAAGAA